AUGCUUCCUGCCUUCCUGCCUGCCUGCCUGCCUGCCUGCUGCCUGCCUGCCUGCCUGCCUGCCUGCCUGCCUGCGCUGCCUGCGCUGCCUGCACUGCCUGUGCUCCGUGCAGAGUGACAUUGAGCCUCACCCUUUCAGGGAUCUCUCGUGUUUCACUCCAGUGCACAUUUCACUGGCCUCUUCACUCCUCCGUCAGACAAUGAGCUUUUUACUGCAUAUAUUAUCCCUGUUGUUGUUAUGAUUGUUGAUCUGUUUUUUUUUUUGUAUCGAAGAAAAGGAAAUGAAUUAUUAAUAGUGGCAGUCAGAUAUUUAUAAGAUGUUUUGUAUUUGGGAUAUUUAACCUAUCGUCCAUCAUUUCUGUCAAUGGUAAGGAUGAAAUGGAAUGAUGAAGUUUUUCAUUCAGUUGUCAAAUAUAAAAUACGUUAUUGGAGUGUUUUCUCUGGCGAGCAUAAUUGUGUUGCUUAGAAUAUGGUUACAAAAUAUUGAUGUGAUAUUAUAAUAGGAAUUUUCAGGUGAAGAAAAAGGACGGCAGUCAUAGGUAAAGUCAUAGGAAUAUGAACUUUAGCCAUCUUAAAUUCCCCUAUUAGGAUUUGUAAUUUGCACAGUGACAUAGCACAAUUUGUGUUUGCUGCUACUCUUCAAUUUGGCUUUUAUUUAUCAGAUGAAUGAAAUUGAUAGCAACAAAAUGUUGAAAAAAUAAACACUAACUACACAUCUAAUGUAAUAUCAUCAAUAAAGUAAAUAUCAUUCCAUCAAAUCGCCGUUAACAUGUUUUAAUUUAGUCUACUCCAGCAAUAAUAAAACCGUUUUCACCAACAUCUUCUUAGCACUGAGUGUUGAGGACACAGAUACUGACAAUCAUCAAUAAGAUACUAAACAUUGAUGAAGAUAUCCAACUGUGCUGUCAUGAUUAUGAGGUUCUAUCCUUUAUAUCCCAGUCAACAAUCCCUUGAGUGGUGUUACACAGCCCUGACUCUUAAAUAGUGAUGACUGUGCCCCCUACUGGUUAUAGAAUAAUACUGCACUAUCAUUUAGGACUGAUGUCGGACUCGGUAUCUAACAUACAGUUUAGACAGAAUGAUUAACACAGACAAUAUGUUUAUGAAUAAUUCCACUAUAAUGACUCCAAGUAUACAGUUAGUGACAUGUCAAAUGACUUUAUGCGUGAAACCAGGAUGGAUUGCAUAAUUUCCUCAUCUGACCAUCUACAUAAUCUGACCAUUUUAGAGGCCAGUAUUAAAUCAAAGCAAAGGCCAGUGAAAAAUGCAUAGGGGCAAUUGUAUCAAUUGUCAGCGGAUUGAAUUUGGAGAAUUUGACACAAAGCAUUUGUCACAAAACUAUAUUUUUCACUCAGAGAGUCUCUGAGACAGGGGCAAAAUGAAAAAAAAGACAGGAGGAAACGGCUUGUCCCGAUCUAUCAAACCGUAUUGUAUGGUUGUUAUAUAAUGAUUAUUGGUUGUAGGGGCACUAAGCAGAUAACCAUAAUUCUAUAUAUCAAGGUUGUGCUUGGGUUGGUGGUUACUGUCAGCUCUGGUUUGUAAUGUCAUCUAUACACAUGAAACAAGUGAACGUGAUUUAGAAACAUACUUUCUCUUUGCCAGACCACUUGUCCACUAUGCUCAGAUCAACCACAGAAAAUAUAAAAAUGUGAAAAGACAAAAUAUGGAAAAUUCAAUUCAUUAAACAUACCAAACAUCCACAUAUUUGAUAUGUGUAAAAUAAUAUAAUUGUUGAAACUUAUGAUGCUGGCAUUGAUUUGUGCAGAACCUCAGACGCAUUUAAAUAAGAAAAUACCUGAAAAAAAAUACUUAUAUUAUUUGUGUUGAAUGAAAAUAAAUUAGAAAAGUGUUUAUACAAACAGUAACCUUGUUCAGUAGCCUUGUUCAGUAAUGUUGUUCAGAAGCCUUGUUCAAUAGCCUUGUUCAGUAACCUUGUUCAGUAGACUUGUUCAGUAGCCUUGUUCAGUAGCCUUGUUCAAUAGCCUUGUUCAGUAGCCUUGUUCAGUAACCUUGUUCAGUAACCUUAUUCAGUAUCCUUGUUCAUAACCUUGUUCAGUAACCUUGUUCAGUAGCCUUGUUCAGUAACCUUGUUCAGUAGCCUUGUUCAGUAGCCUUUUUCAGUAACCUUGUUCAAUAGCCUUGUUCAGUAGCCUUGUUCAGUAACCUUGUUCAGUAACCUUGUUCAGUAGCCUUGUUCAGUAUCUUGUUCAGUAGCCUUUUUCAGGAACCUUGUUCAAUAGCCUUGUUCAGUAGCCUUGUUCAGUAACCUUGUUCAGUAACCUUGUUCUGUAACCUUAUUCAGUAUCUUGUUCAAUGGCCUUGUUUAGUAACCUUAUUCAGUAUCCUUGUUCAAUGGCCUUGUUCAGUAACCUUGUUCAGUAGCCUUGUUCAGUAACCUUGUUCAAUAGCCUUGUUCAGUAGCCUUGUUCAGUAGCCUUGUUCAGUAACCUUGUUCAGUAGUUGUUCAUAGCCUUGUUCAGUAAACCUUGUUCAGACGUAUAGCCUUGUUCAGUACCUUGUUCAGUAGCCUUGUUCAGUAGCCUUGUUCAGUAACCUUAUCAAUAUCCUUGUUCAGUGCCUUGUUCAGUAACCUUGUCAGUAACUAUUCAGUAUCCUUGUUCAUACCUUGUUCAGUAACCUUGUUCAGUAGCCUUGUUCAGUAACCUUGUUCAGUAGCCUUGUUCAGUAGCCUUGUUCAGUAACCUUGUUCAGUAUCCUUGUUCAGUAGCCUUGUUCAGUAGACUUGUUCAGUAGCCUUUUUCAGUAACCUUGUUCAAUAGCCUUGUUCAGUAGCCUUGUUCAGUAACCUUGUUCAGUAACCUGUUUGAACCUUAUCAGUACUUGUUCAAUGGCCUUGUUUAGUAACCUUAUUUAGUAUCCUUGUUCAAUGACCUUGUUCAGUAAUGUUGUUCAAUAGCCUUGUUCAGUAGCCUUGUUCAGUAACCUUGUUCAGUAGCCUUGUUCAGUAACCUUGUUCAGUAACGUUGUUCAGUAACCUUGUUCAGUAGCCUUGUUCAGUAACCUUGUUCAGUAACGUUGUUCAGUAGCCUUGUUCAGUAGCCUUGUUCAGUAACCUUGUUCAGUAAUGUUGUUCAGUAGCCUUGUUCAGUAGCCUUGUUCAGUAACCUUGUUCAGUAGCCUUGUUCAGUAACCUUGUUCAGUAUCCUUGUUCAGUAUCCUUGUUCAGUAACCUUGUUCAGUAAUGUUGUUCAGUAGCCUUGUUCAAUGGCCUUGUUCAGUAACCUUGUUCAGUAGCCUUGUUCAGUAACCUUGUUCAAUAGCCUUGUUCAGUAGCCUUGUUCAGUAGCCUUGUUCAGUAACCUUGUUCAGUAAUUGUUCAUAGCCUGUAGUAGCUUGUCGUAACCUUGUUCAGUAGCCUUGUUCAGUAACCUUGUUCAGUAGCCUUGUUCAGUAGCCUUGUUCAGUAACCUUGUUCAAUAGCCUUGUUCAGUAGCCUUGUUCAGUAGCCUUGUUCAGUAACCUUGUUCAGUAACCUUGUUCAGUAGCCUUGUUCAGUAACCUUGUUCAGUAGCCUUGUUCAUUUGCAACAUUUACAUUUAUCUCACUAUAGCCAACUGGUAUAUAUAAAACAUAUACAAAAAAUCAUGCCAUUAGUACUCGCCUGUUUAAAAGAUCUAUUUGAAUGACCUUGAAUAAUAAUACUGAUGCAAUUACUGAAAAAAUGCUACUGUGCAUAUCUGUAAUUACAUUUUUUGCUUACAACAUACAGUGGGGAAAAAAAGUAUUUAGUCAGCCACCAAUUGUGCAUGUUCUCCCACUUAAAAAGAUGAGAGAGGCCUGUAAUUUUCAUCAUAGGUACACGUCAACUAGGACAGACAAAUUGAGGGAAAAAAAUCCAGAAAAUCACAUUGUAGGAUUUUUAAUGAAUUUAUUUGCAAAUUAUGGUGGAAAAUAAGUAUUUGGUCACCUACAAACAAGCAAGAUUUCUGGCUCUCACAGACCUGUAACUUCUUCUUUAAGAGGCUCCUCUGUCCUCCACUCGUUACCUGUGUUAAUGGCACCUGUUUGAACUUGUUAUCAGUAUAAAAGACACCUGUCCACAACCUCAAACAGUCACACUCCAAACUCCACUAUGGUCAAGACCAAAGAGCUGUCAAAGGACACCAGAAACAAAAUUGUAGACCUGCACCAGGCUGGGAAGACUGAAUCUGCAAUAGGUAAGCAGCUUGGUUUGAAGAAAUCAACUGUGGGAGCAUUUAUUAGGAAAUGGAAGACAUACAAGACCACUGAUAAUCUCCCUCGAUCUGGGGCUCCACGCAAGAUCUCACCCCGUGGGGUCAAAAUGAUCACAAGAACGGUGAGCAAAAGUCCCAGAACCACACGGGGGGACAUAGUGAAUGACCUGCAGAGAGCUGGGACCAAAGUAACAAAGCCUACCAUUAGUAACACACUACGCCGCCAGGGACUCAAAUCCUGCAGUGCCAGACGUGUCCCCCUGCUUAAGCCAGUGCAUGUCCAGGCCCGUCUGAAGUUUGCUAGAGUGCAUUUGGAUGAUCCAGAAGAGGAUUGGGAGAAUGUCAUAUGGUCAGAUGAAACCAAAAUAUAACUUUUUGGUAAAAACUCAACUCGUCGUGUUUGGAGGACAAAGAAUGCUGAGUUGCAUCGAAAGAACACCAUACCUACUGUGAAGCAUGGGGGUGGAAACAUCAUGCUUUGGGGCUGUUUUUCUGCAAAGGGACCAGGACGACUGAUCCGUGUAAAGGAAAGAAUGAAUGGGGCCAUGUAUCGUGAGAUUUUGAGUGAAAACCUCCUUUCAUCAGCAAGGGCAUUGAAGAUGAAACGUGGCUGGGUCUUUCAGCAUGACAAUGAUCCCAAACACACCGCCCGGGCAACGAAGGAGUGGCUUCGUAAGAAGCAUUUCAAGGUCCUGGAGUGGCCUAGCCAGUCUCCAGAUCUCAACCCCAUAGAAAAUCUUUGGAGGGAGUUGAAAGUCUGUGUUGCCCAGCGACAGCCCCAAAACAUCACUGCUCUAGAGGAGAUCUGCAUGGAGGAAUGGGCCAAAAUACCAGCAACAGUGUGUGAAAACCUUGUGAAGAUUUACAGAAAACGUUUGACCUGUGUCAUUGGCAACAAAGGGUAUAUAACAAAGUAUUGAGAAACUUUUGUUAAUGACCAAAUACUUAUUUUCCACCAUAAUUUGCAACUAAAUUCAUAAAAAAUCCUACAAUGUGAUUUUCUGGAUUUUUUUUCUCAAUUUGUCUGUCAUAGUUGACGUGUACCUAUGAUGAAAAUUACAGGCCUCUCUCAUCUUUUUAAGUGGGAGAACUUGCACAAUUGGUGGCAGACUAAAUACUUUUUUCCCCCACUGUACAUACACACAUGCUCUCUCUCUCUCUCUGUCUCUUGCUCUCUCUCUUUUACAGUUUUAUAGCUGGCAUCAAUCUGACACAACUCAAAUAAAUGGUCAUCUUGAAUACAAGCACAUCUCUCUUGCUCUGUCUUUGUUUGCCCUGGCUAUUUGCCACAUCAUAAAAACCAAAACCAGUAUCAUAUCCCUAACAUUUAACCAGGUUACCACACAUAUCCUCAUACAAAAAGCACCACUACAAGACUCUGACAAUAUCAAUUACGUGGAACCCACUGAUUUCCUAUUCUUCCAGAGGAGAUCAGAGGAGAUCAGCUGAAUACAUGUUCCAGGUCAAAGGUCAAACAUCGUCUCCCUCGCAUUUUGUUUCCCAACACAACAGCCCCCUCAGGCGCUGCUAACGUUCUCUUUCCUGCAUUUCUAUCGGACUGUGGGGGGAGGGGGAGGCUGGGCUGUCAGUCCCCAAGUGGAGCUGUAGAGUACUGUUCAGCUCCUCUCCCCCACCAGCUAGUCAGUCAGUGUGUCCAGGAGAACAACGCUUUGGGUUAUUCAUCGAUUGCCUAUUUCAAUCCUAGCGAAAGCUACUCCGUGAACACACACACACCAGCACACACGUACGAACGAGUGGACACACACACACACGCACACUCCAACCGCAAGCACCCCUAUAGGCUUACUUAUGAUGAUCAUAUCAUCCUACUACUACAGUAUGUAUACCAGCCGUGAGGCUCCUUGUAAAACCUCCUAAAUCUAUACAUUUAAUGGUUGAAUAAAUAGAUCAAAACAAAUGAACAGAUGACUGAAUAAAUGAAUGGGAUAUACUGAUUACUGGUUGUUGUGUGGGCUGCUCAAUUGAUUUGACAGCAUGCAACAGUUUGUGUGUGCGUGUGUGUGUGUGUGUGUGUGUGUGUGUGUGUGUGUGUGUGUGUGUGUGUGUGUGUGCGUGUGUGUAUUAUGUGACUGUGUUACUUGUGAAUGUGUAAUCUGUUCAUCUGGGUGCAUUCUAGUGUGUCUACAGCAUGCAUUCAUGCAUUGUGUGUGAUCCGUCACAGUAUCAGUAUUAUGUAAGUAGAUCAACACAAACGUCGACACACUGUACCUUACAGAGAUAAAUCAAGACCUUCAACCAAAUAACAGGUUCUGUUCCCCCACAACCUUGCAGUGUCUCAGAUUAAAAAGGCAGUCAGCUCACCUUGUAUUCUUAAUCAGGAACCUUGACGUUAUUUUGUACACAUUACGUCAGAAACAUUUGAAACACUUCUCUUGCAGUGGCUCACUACUUUUGGCCUGGAGUAAGCCUCACAGACUACAUUAUUUCUGAAGAGUUGUCAUUUCAGAAUGAGGGGUGUUGUAGCUCUGCUGGGGUUGCUGUUCUGUCUGUCUGGGGCAUGGACUCAGGAGGAGAGCGGAGAGGACAGAGAGAGUUUGGUGGAGAGCCACGGGACUGAAGCUACAGAGACUAUUAGCAAACAGACGACCGGCCAGAUCAACACAACCCCUGAUAUCUGGGGUGAGGUAGAGGAGCUUAGAGACAUGGUGGAUAACCUGGGAACCAUGGUGGUGGAGCAGAGAGAGAAGCUGAGGAACAUGGAGAAAAAACUGGAAAGAAGGUGGAGAGGAAAGUGGCGGAGAGGAGCUGAGGCCAGACUGGAGAGUGAGAAUGCAGGUAUUUAUGGAAUUUGGUUAAUUAUGAAGUUGUUUCAGCGGAGGAUCAACAUGUUUUUGAGAAUUGUUUUGUUUCCAUAAAUCCAGCUAUGGGGGCCAGACUGAGUGCCAUUGAGAUGGAGGUGGAAGAGCUGAAGAGAAUGAAUGCAGGUAAUGUAAUUUGUCCACCAACAUCAGCUGUUUCUCAGAAAAGGUCAUAAAUAAAACUGUAUUUGUAAAAUUGUCUAUGAAAUUGUUUAUAGACAGUUUAUUUAUACUUAUUUCUCAUAUGCACGGGGGGCCAGUAUGAAAAUGUAUGCACUCACUAACUGUAAGUCGCUCUGGAUAAGAGCGUCUGCUAAAUGACUAAAAUGAAAAUGUAAAUAUGAACUCACUUCUCAUGACUGUUUCCAAUGCUAUUUUAGGGCUGGAGGCCAGAGUGACAGACAGUGAGAAUGGGAACGCAGGUAAAGGGUUUUUAUAUGUGACCGGAUUCCAGAUCGUAGGCGUUUGUUGCUAUUUCCUACUUCACUGAACUUUCAUAUGCCUUCAUUACAAACUUGUAUGGGAUCUGUUAAAUGACGAGCCUAGUUUAGCCAAGGAGAAAGCACUGAGCUAUGUGAGAAAGACGAUCUUUAAAAUUGGACAUAAGCUCACCUUCCAGAAUUCAGGCAUAGUUAUGAAACCAUGAAUCUUAAAACAGGGAGUUUAGGCUUAAGUUUACUAAUGUGUCUUUUUGUAAUGAUAGCCUUAGAGGCCAGACUGAAUGCCAGUGAGGGGAUGGUGGAGGAGCUGAGGAGAGAGAAUGCAGGUAACUAUAUGGUGCAUAGAGGCCUACAAUUGCACAUGCUUGUAAUCUAAGGGAAUGGCUGUUGGGCUGUUGGCGAAUCAAAACGGUUUUUAUUUUUUGCUUCGUGGCCGAAUCUGUUUGUAAUAUGAUGAAUGUCGCAGAUUGCAUCUUUGUUUUUCAGUUAAACCUUUUGUUAGGUGAUUUUUGUCUUCAUCAGGAUCAUAUGAUCCAUUUUACCAUGUUUGUUUUUGUCUUUAAUCAAUGAUUUGAAUUCCCUCCUCUGUGUUCAUAGACAGACCAAAGGUGGCCUUCUCUGCUGGUUUGACUAAUGAUGGAUAUUUAGGACCCUUCAAUAGUAUCACCACACUAGUCUACAGAAAGGUCAUCACCAACAUCGGCAAGGCCUACAACCCAAAUACAGGUACUGAACACACUAAGGCCCCUUUUUCACCUUGUAUUCAAAUGUGACCUGGGAUCAGAUCUCUAUUCACAUUAGACAUCUGCUAUCAGACAGGUGUAGACAUGCAUUGUGAUUAUAUCAUCUUUAUCCCAUAUAAAAAUAUGUAGACAACCAGCUAUUCCAGCAUUGCUAACAGUGUCUGUGACAGUCCAUUGACUUAUCUUACUCUCCUCUGAUACAGGUGUCUUCACAGCACCAGUGAGAGGACUCUACUACAUCAGAUUCACUGCCAUGGGUCUCAAGGGGCCACAGUCCAUAGGUGCCUAUAUUUACCAUAACGACAAGAGUGUUAUGUUCAAUCACCAGAACAAUGACAAUGGACAUAAUAGGUUCUUGUCUAAUGCGUUGACUCUAGAGCUGGAGGCCGGGGAUGUGGUCUACAUGCGUCUCCCGGUAAAUCAGGGGCUCUAUGAUGAAAAGUCAAGUAACUACAACACCUUCAGUGGCUUCCUGCUCUUCCCUGUGUGAAGGGAGCACUCUGAUGUGAGUUUGAGAUCAAUAAAUAAGCCAGAUCAUUUGUACUAUUGAUGUAAAGCGACUCCUUCACUCAAUCCAUGCUUUUCCUUGUAUUUUUGACAGUGAGAAUUGCAGAGGCAAAAACAAAGGACAUUUAAACCUCACUAGAAAAUACGAUAAUAAUAAUGAUAAAAAUGAAUUAUGUAUUUAAUUUGACCAUUUUAAAAGGUUGUUCCAUUCAUAUGUUGACAGACCCCUCUUUGACCAGUAACCAAAUCAAAGUGUGAACUAGUAAAACCACAAUGGUACUUGACUUAGUAGUGGUAUUCCAGGUACUCUCAGGUUUACAUUACACAGGCUGUGUGGCUCUCCCCCUAGCUCCCCACAGCCUCCACAUCAACACAAAACAGGCUCUUCAUCUUUGUCACCCUUGGUGAACAUAACUCAGAGAAAAUAGAUAUUCAGUUUAUAUAUGUUACCCCUUGGCAGCAUUAUCAGAAAGCACAGAAUUGAUUUUCACUGCUACGCAGACGAUACACAACUUUCCAUGUCUGCGUCACCAGAGGAUUUCAGCUUCACAGAUACAUUAUUAGACUGUAUUAGUGAUUUAAAUACUUGGAUGGCUCACAACUUCCUCCAGCUAAAUCAAGACAAGACCGAGGUACUUAUUAUUGGAGCCAAAGCACAGAGAGAGAAUUUGGCCACACAUUUUAAUUUACGGGGAAUAAAGAUACAAUAUCAGGUAAAAAACUUAAUUUCGAAUCACACAUUAGGAAUGUGACCAAAAUAGCUUUUUACCACCUGAGGAAUAUUGCAAAGGUGCGGCCGUUUCUCAGGCUGAUACAGAGAGACUCAUCCAUGCCUUUAUUACAAACAAGCUUGACUACUGUAAUCCUCUCCUGUCUGGCCUACCCAAGAAAGCCAUUGGUCAACUGCAAAACAUACAGAAUGCUGCAGCAUGGGUACUGACCAAGACCAGACGUAGAGCACACAUUACACCGGUUUUAAAGUCUCUGCACCGGCUGCCUGUGCGUUUUAGAAUUAAUUUAAAGAUUAUUCUAUUGGUUUUUAAGUCAAUCCACUAUUGUGCAGCCCAAUACGUGUCAGGUAUGCUUUAAGUUAUGUACCCAGUAGGUCCCUCAGGUCCUCUGGCACUGGCCUUUUAACUAUCCCAAAGCCUAGGACCAAGAGGCAUGGAGAGGCAGCCUUUAGUUACCAUGACCCCAGCCUCUGGAAUAGCCUGCCAGAGAACCUGAGGGGGGCCGAAACUGUGGAUAUAUUUUAAAGAGAUCUUAAAACACAUCUUUUUAGCUUUGCUUUUCCGCAGGGUGCUUUUUAAUUGUUCCUUUUUAAUUGUUAUUAUUUUGUUUUUUAUCCUCUUAUGUUUGUUGUGUAGUAAAUAUUUCAGUUUCUAUUUAUUCAUUGUUUUUAAUGUAUGUUUUUUUUCCUGUGAAGCGCAUUGUGUUGCAUUCAUGUCUGAAAUGUGCUGUAUAAAUAAAGCUUGAUUUAAUUUGAUCUAAAAGGCACUGCUUAAUCAAAGGCUUUAUUAAUUCAAUCUCUAAUGUGACUGACACAAUAUGAUCCUACAUUUACAGUAUGUUAUCAUCUAAAAAGGAGUUUUCCCUCAUGCUUUGAACAUCUGCAUAAUCAUCUGACAAGAUACACUAUAUAUACAAACGUAUGUGGACACCCCUUUAAAUGAGUGGAUUCAGCUAUUUCAGCCACACCUGUUGCUGACAGGUGCAUAAAACCGAGCACACAGCCAUGCAAUCUCCAUAGACAAACAUUGGCAGGAGAAUGGCCUUACUGAAGAGCUCAGUGACUUUCAACGUGGCACCGUCAUAGGAUGCCACCUUUCCAGCAAGUCAGUUCAUCAAAUUUCUGCCCUGCUAGAGCUGCCCUGGUCAACUGUAAGUGCUAUUAUUGUGAAGUGGAAACGUCUAGGAGCAACAACGGCUCAGCCGCUAAAUGGUAGGCCACACAAGCUCACAGAACGGGACCGCCGAGUGCUGAAGAGCUAGCGUGUAUAAAUCGUCUGUCCUUGGUUGCAACACUCACUACCGAGUUCCAAACUGCCUCUAGAAGCAACGUCAACUCAAUUACUGUUCGUCGGGAGCUUCAUGAAAUAGGUUUCCAUGGCCGAGCAGCUGUACACAAGCCUAAGAUCACCAUGCGCAAUGCCACGUCGGCUGGAGUAGUGUAAAGCAUGUCGCCAUUGGACUCUGGAGCAGUGGAAACACAUUCUCUGGAGUGAUGAAUCACGCUUCACCAUCUGGCAGUCCGACAGACAAAUCUGGGUUUGGCAGAUGCCAGGAGAAUGCUACCUGCCCGAAUGCAUAGUGCCAACUGUAAGGUUUGGUGAAGGAGGAAUAAUGGUCUGGGGCUGUUUUUCAUGGUUCGGGCUAGGUCCCUUAGUUCCAGUGAAGGGAAAUCUUAACGCUACAGCAUACAAUGACAUUCUAAACAAUUCUGUGCUUCCAACUUUCUGGCAACAGUUUGGGGAAGGCCCUUUCCUAUUUCAGCAUGACAAUGUCCCUGUGCACAAACAAGUUCUAUACAGAAAUGGUUUGUCGAGAUCGGUGUGGAAGAACUUGACUGGCCUGCACAGAGCCCUGACCUCAACCCCAUCGGGAUGAAUUGGAACGCCGACUGCGAACCAGGCCUAAUCGCCCAACAUAAGCGCCUGACCUCACUAAUGCUCGUGGCUGAAUGGAAGCAAGUCCCCGCAGCAAUGUUCCAACAUCUAGUGGAAAGCCUUCCCAGAAGAGUGGAGGCUGUUAUAGCAGCAAAGGGGGGACCAACUCCAUAUUAAUGCCCAUGAUUUUGAAAUGAGAUGUUCGACGAGCAGGUGUCCACAUACAUUUGGUCAUGUAGUGUAUAACAUCAUAGCCCACGUUGAAAUGCAACCUUUCAUCACAAGAAGGAGAAUGCCAGAGUUGUCACUUGUACUGGAUAUCUUUAGGUAGCUUCAGUGUCUGUGUGUGUGUCUCCUUCUCUCUCCUUUACCUUUGAGACGUGUUCUCCCUUAGGGGCGAUAAUGGCAUUCUCCAUGACAACGGCCGCGUGACAUCGCCGCUGCCCUUGAGGGCCAGGACGCAUCCUCCGGGGGGAUCGCCGUGGAAACACGAUAGGGUCAGAGGUCACCUCCCAGCACCCCCCCCACCCCCCCCAUCCUCUCCUAAGGUGGAGAGAAGGAUGAAGCUAGAGGAGAGGAGUGUAUCCCAGCACUCGGCCCUGGUCUGG